AUGUUCCAUGAUGUCAAUCCGAGCCCGGAACGGAAGAACGCCGUCGCCGCAUGUCCCCACCCGGAAGGCGUCCGCUGCGGCGCCGAGCGGCCCAGGCCGGAAGCGGAAGUGCGCGUGCCGUGGCUCGCCGCCCGCAGCGGGUCAGUCGCCAGCUCGGCCGCCGGGUGGGCAGCGUCGUCCACGGCAGGUGCCCCGCUGGCCGCUGGCCCGGGUCCGAGGACGUCCAUCGCGUGCUGUCCUUGCCUCUCCGCCUCCCGGAUCCUCCCUCCGGGCUUCGUCCGGCCGCCGCCGCCGCUUCCCGCGAACCACCCCCCAUCCCCCAAUCCCCGCCCCGGACCGGUCAGCCGCCGCCGCUGCCGCUGCUGGACGUCCAGCCGCCCGGGUGGACCGCGAUCGCAGGUUAAAUCGUGUGUGUGGGGGGGCGUUAGUUUCCCGGGAAUCGAGCGUGCGAGGGGCAGAGGGCGGGUCGCGUGGACGCUGCUGGGCAUUUGUCCGGCCGGCGGUCAGCUGUCGCCGGCCCGCAGCUGCCGCCGCUUUGCGUCCCAUCUGUUCGCUGCUCCCUUCCUGCGCGCGCGGAAAGGAUCCAGAGAAGCGAACGCGCCUCUAUCCUGUGCCAUCAUCAGCGUCUCGGAAAACCUCGAGCCCAGUGGCACUGGCCCCCCUGACUCGGUGGUGUUUGAAGACGUGGCCGUGGUCUUCAGCCAGGAAGAGUGGGCCCUGCUGGACCUGACGCAGAAGAAACUCUACCGAGAUGUCAUGAUGGAGACCUUCCAGAAUCUGGACUCCAUAGCCUCUCAGCACCUGAAUGAUGACAGUCAGCUUGGCGGCACUUACGUCACGUUAGGCGAGGUCUCUCACGCCUACGGCAGUGCAGAUCCACAUGGAAAUCUUCUCAGAAGUGUGAAAGUGGAGAGUGUUUCUGAAGGGUACGAAGACAGCCAGUACGGGUGGGCCUUCGGCCCGAUGCUGGACUCUUCUCCUCUGCAGCCGUGUCGGUGUCGGGAACGUGGAAUAGCCUGCACUUGCCCCACUCAGCCGGCCUCUCCGCUGACCGCUGCGCCUACAGAGAAUACCCCUCGGUGUCAGGAGUGCGGGCAGGAUGCCGUGUACACGUCUGCCCUGCCUGGAAGCCCCGAGGCGGCCACGGGGGCCGAGGAGACGUGCUACAUGUGCAGCGACUGUGGCCAGGGCUUCUGUGCCAGAUCCUCCUCCUCUUCCUGCUCGGCGUGGACGCAGGUGAGCGAGCAUCGGCGCGAGUGUCCGGCCGCGGCCGGUGACGACCCGUCGGCUCCCGUGUCCCCUGCGUCCCCGGAGUCCCCCGUGCCGGGCAAGCGCUUCCAGUACAAGGACAACCCGUACGAGUGCAAGCAGUGCGGCCGCCGCUUCAUCUGCUCGUGGCACCUGACCGACCACAUGCGCUCGCACAGCGGCUACCGGCCCCACGAGUGCGCCGACUGCGGCAAGGCCUUCCGCUGCGCCUCGCACCUCACCAAGCACCGGCGCACGCACAGCGGCGUGCGGCCCCACGUGUGCCCCGACUGCGGCAAGGCCUUCAGCCAGGCCUCGCACCUCACCACGCACAUGCGCACGCACAGCGGCGAGCGCCCCUUCUCCUGCACCGAGUGCGGCAAGGCCUUCAGCCAGGCCUCGUCGCUCACCACGCACCUGCGCACGCACAGCGGCGAGAAGCCCUACGCCUGCGAGGAGUGCGGCAAGGCCUUCAUCUGCUCGUCGGCGCUCACCACGCACGUGCGCGGACACACCGGCGAGCGGCCGCACACCUGCCCGGACUGCGGCAAGGGCUUCAGCCGCGCCUCCUUCCUCAGCACGCACGCGCGCUCCCACAGCGGCCUGCGCCCCUUCCCCUGCACGCAGUGCGGCAAGGCCUUCAGCCGCGCCUCCCACCUCACCGCCCACCGCAAGAUCCACAGCGGCGAGCGCCCCUUCCCCUGCACGCAGUGCGGCAAGGCCUUCGGCUGCUCCUCCUCGCUCACCACGCACCUGCGCACGCACAGCGGCGAGCGUCCCUACGUCUGCCCGCGCUGCGGCAAGGCCUUCAGCCAGGCCUCGGCCCUCACGCGCCACGUCAUCAUCCACAGCGGCCAGCGCCCCUACGAGUGCCCGCAGUGCCGCAAGGCCUUCAACCGCGCCUCCUACCUCACCACGCACAUCCGCACGCACAGCGGCGUGCGCCCCUACGUCUGCCCGCACUGCGCCAAGGCCUUCAGCCAGGCCUCGCACCUCAGCACCCACCUCAAGACGCACAGCGGAGAGAAGCCCUACAAGUGCCCGGCCUGCGACAAGGCCUUCAACCACUCGUCCGCCCUCACCACGCACAUCCGCACGCACACCGGAGAGCGCCCCUACAAGUGCCAGCAGUGCGGCAAGGCCUUCAGCCAGGCCUCCUCGCUCACCACACACAGCCGCAUCCACAGCGGGGACAAGCCCUACGCCUGCAAGCAGUGCGACCGCACCUUCAGCCAGGCCUCGCACCUCAUCCGACACGUGCGCACCCACGAGACCGAGGCCGCCGCCGCAGCCGCCGCGCUCGGACAAGGCUGGGACGUCUCCUUCCUGCUCCUCUGA